GUGUUUACAUUUUGAAGUGAAGGAAAGAGGGUAGUCAUCAACAGUAGUGCACCAAUUCAAUUCAAUCAACCAACCAACCAAAGAGGGUGGUGAUAGUACGAAUCGUCAAAUUUUAUCUAAACGAGGAUGGAGGAUAAAGAAGAACGAAUUGAAACAUCUUUGGUAGCGAUCGUAAUUGAUGCCACACCUGCAAAAAAGUUUGCAAGCCAACCACUGGAUGGAUCUUCCAUGAUGAAUAGAAUUUUUGAUUCACUUAUUGCUUUUGGAAAUGCUCACCUGAUGCAGGCCUCUCACAAUAAAUUGGCAAUCAUUGCCUGCAAUAGCAAAUCAACCAAAUUUCUAUAUCCUUCCAUGGAUGGGACUUCCCGUUCAUACCAUAACAGACCUGGGCAGUAUGACAUGUUUGCCAAAGUUGACUCUGACGUCAGGCAUGGCCUUGGAGAGCUAAUCUUAAAUGACAUGACUGAUAAUGAUUCUACAAAAUCUGAUUCCUUAUUGGGAGGGGCUAUGGCCCGUGCUCUGUCUUAUAUCCAUCGUGUUCAAAGAGAACUCAGUCUAAGUCAUCAAUUAAAACCACGUGUCCUUGUUGUUAGUGGCAGUUGUGACAGUGCUUUGCAGUACAUGACCUUCAUGAACGUUUUUUUUACUGCUCAAAAGGAGAAUGUUGUGAUUGAUUGCUGCAUGAUGGAUACCGAUUCUGGAUUACUGCAGCAAGGCUGUGACAUAACUGGAGGACAGUACUUACAUAUUCCUAGUGUUGCUGGAUUGCUUGAGUAUUUGUUAUGGGUCUUCUUGCCAAGUCCAUCUUGCAGAUCAAAAAUAGUCUUGCCACCUCCCACUAAGGUUGAUUACAGAGCAGCUUGCUUCUGCCAUCACAAGUUGGUUGACAUUGGCUGGGUUUGCUCUGUCUGUCUUUCAAUUUUUUGCAAAUUUAGCAUUAUGUGCACGACAUGCAACACGGAAUUCAAACUUAAUCGGCCUGCGAUCGUGCCCGCCAAAUCGAAGAAGCGCGCGAGAAUAGAGUAACAAAGAACGACUGAGAAUAACAAGAUUAAUGUUGCAACAUACCACUUAUAUGUUGUAAAUAUAUGGUUUAUAAGAAAAUAAGAUAAGUGUUAAAAAAUAAAAAAAUUUCGUUUC